UUGGAUUACAGAUCUUACACACUCAAUAUGUGGAGGUACUCCUAUUUUUUAUGGCUCUUCACUGUUUGCGGACUGUGGGGAACUCAAGCUCAAAACCAGGAGCCAAGCUUGCUUGAUCAGAUAGCCAACCACCAGCAACAGUGGUUCAGAUACACAGCGGCAAAUCAGGCUGAAGCUAAUGCAAAAAUAGACAGACUAAAAGAAAGCAUAGAAGGCCAACUACAGGCGCAACAGGUAAAAACAGAAAUCCAACAACACUCGCUUCGGAACGUUAUGGAGUCUCUAAAGGCAGAAAUUAAACCGAAAAUAGAAAAAAUGAUAAAGGAUAUAGAAGACCUAAAAAACGCCAUUGUUGACCAGAAGUCUUUCAAUUCUUCUUUACAAAGAGUACCGCCAUCAAAUCUGUUUGAAAAUAUUGGCUCGAGAUAUUUCUACAUUGAAAAGCAUGAUACUGUAACUUGGUUUGUUGCAUUUAACAAAUGUCGUCGAUUCGGUGGGUACCUGGCUACAAUCAACGACGAGGAGGAACUACAAGCUAUCACAAAACGAACCACUGAAGACUCAUAUUGGUUCGACUUCAAUUCACUGGCCGAAAAAGGAAAGUUUUUUUCCACUCGCACUGGCGAGCGUCCACCGUUCACUAAAUGGCGAGAAAAUUAUUCGCAUACCACAGAUGAUGGUUGUGUAGUGGCAUUCAAAUUGGAGAUGUAUGCUAUUGAUUGUAGAUUGAAACACUUUUUUAUUUGCCAAAGCGACCAAUGAGACUAUAUACUUAAAAAGGUUCGCUAUACGAAUUUUAAUAUUCUGCUCAUCUUUUUCCUUUAAAAACAAGAAAGGAAGCUAACUACGGCAAGCCGAAGCUUAUAUA